AUGCUGGAGAACGUCUCCUUCGCCAACUGCUGCGAGCCUGGCGGGCGGACGGAGAGUCCCGGCUUGCCAGGGGAGGGCGGCGCGCGGCCCUCGGGGACCCCCCGGCCUCCCUGGGUGGCACCCGCACUGGCCGCCGUGCUCAUCGUCACCACCGUGGUGGACGUCCUGGGCAACCUGCUGGUCAUCCUCUCGGUGGGCAGGAACCGCAAGCUGCGGAACGCAGGGAAUUGGUUCUUGGUGAGUCUGGCGUUGGCGGACCUGAUGGUGGCCUUCUACCCCUACCCUCUCAUCCUCGUGGCCGUUGUCCAUAAUGGCUGGGCCCUGGGGGAGAGGCACUGCAAGGCCAGCGCCUUGGUGAAGGGCCUGAGCGUCAUCGGCUCUGUCUUCAGCAUCACCGCCAUUGCCGUUAACCGCUGCUGCUACAUCUGCCGCAGCGUGGCCUACCGCCGGCUCUGCCAGCACUGGCACGCGCCCGUCUACAUCUGCCUCAUCUGGCUCCUCACCGUUUUGGCCUUGGUGCCCAACUUCUUCAUGGGGUCCCUGGAGUAUGACCCACGCAUCUUCUCCUGCACCUUCAUCCAGACGGCCAGCGCCCCGUACACAGCAGCGGUGGUGGUCCUCCACUUCCCUCCCAUGGCCACCGUGUCCUUCUGUUACCUGUGCAUCUGGGUGCUGGUGCGCCAGACCCGUAGGAAGGCCCCGUCGGAGAGCACGCUGCGCCUGAGGCCCAGUGACAUCUGGGGCUUUCUCACCACGUUCCUGGUGUUUGUGAUCUUUGCCAUCUGCUGGGCUCCACUGAACUGCAUCGGCCUCGCUGUGGCCAUCAACCCAGGAGAAAUGGCUCCCCAGGUCCCCGGGGGGCUUUUUGUGAUACGCUACGUCUUGGCUUACUUCAACAGCUGCCUUAAUGCCAUCAUCUACGGGCUCCUGAACCAGAACUUUCGUAGGGAAUACAAGAAGAUUGUCUUGUCCCUCUGGAACCCACGGCUCUGCUUGGAGGCCACUUCCAAGGGCAGCCGUGCUGAGGAGCAGCAGCGCCAAGCUCUGCCCGUUCUUAAUGCCCAGCACCCCAUCUAAGCAGAUGCUCUCUAG